AAACAAAGACUUGCAUCCAAGCAUUUCAUCCUGGGUUGUUCUUUCCAUCCCGAGUUUACACUACACACGGACACAACAGGAAGGCCCGGCCCGCCCGGUACGCCCCCCUUGACCAGCUGUUCGUUUCGUUGUCUCUGUUUCAACCUCGAUCUGACCUUUCGUGAACCUGUUCAUCCCACCCGAUCGAUCUGCCGGCGAAAAAACCGUCCAAUUUAGAAUCUCGACACGAACGACCGAGCAACAUGGUGGGAAGAAGACCCAGAACCGUCAACUCGGCCACCGAUUGGCACGGGACCAUGCCGUCUCGUCAGCCGUCUUCCAUCCGCCGACGGUAUCGUGAUGACGACGAAGAAGCCGGACUCCCUCCCAACGUCUCCCCUGGCGAUCACCACGGCCCUCCCUCCACCGAGCCCACUUCCACGCAGAGCACCAUCGCCGCCCCCACGCUGCGCCCUUCCCCACGCGAAAUCCAGAUCCACGACGACCGCGCCAAGGUCACCUCCUUCAGCGGCUUCAAAGAUGCCCGACACCUGGCCAUCGCCGAACAGCGUCGCAUUGACUUGAAACAGAGGGUGCUCGAUGGCAUGAAAGGCUUGUCCUCCUGGGAUGGACACUAUCGCAAGUCCGAUGCCGAGCUUAAAGCCAUCAAGAACAAGAAGAUCAGGAGAUACUACGAGUCCCAAAACGAGACGCUCGAUAGCUGGGUCGAGGUUGACGCUUUGGUCAUGGCCGUUGCCGAUGAUGUCAUUGACAGCAUGAAUCCCGACGCCGAUAGGGACGGCAUUGCCGAACGCCGUGUUCCCCUCGCCGACUCCAAAGGCGCCGUUGAAGCAUUUCUGCCUCCCGAGCACAUCGAGAAGCGCCGCCGUGAUGAACGAAACGCGAAAUGGGCUAUAAACACCAAUGUCAUCGCCAAUGUGUUCAUGCUCAUUGGCAAGCUGGUCAGUCUACGCUUUAGUCCAUCGCUUUCCUUGGCUGCCAGCACCGCGGACUCGGCCUUGGACUUGUUCUGUACCUUGAUCAUUUACAGUACCAACCGCAUUGUCUCCUGGCGUCUGCGCGCUCUACGGCUCAAGUACCCCGUCGGAAGGCGGCGCCUCGAACCCAUCGGGAUUCUUGUCUUCAGUGUCAUCAUGGUUGUUUCCUUUCUCCAGAUCCUUCAAGAGUCGGUCAAGAAGCUGUUACCUGGCGGUGACAGAGAUGUUGCGCCUCUGCCUCCUGUUGCUAUUGGUGCCAUGGCUGCCAAUGCCAUCAUCAAGGGCAUCAUCGGGCUCAUAUGCAGACCCAUCAAGACGACGCAGGUACAAGCGCUGGUGCAGGACUGCAAGACCGAUGUGUACUUCAACACCGCCUCUCUCCUCUUCCCCCUGAUUGGUGUUGCUGCCCAGAUCUGGUGGCUGGAUCCCCUCGGUGCAACUUUAUUAGCCCUCUAUGUCAUCUGUGACUGGGCUGAGACGUGCAUCGAAAACAUCAGCCGCUUGACCGGAAGCAGUGUAGAUGAUGCCUUGCAAAAGAAGCUGAUGUAUCUCGGCUUCCGCUUUUCCCCUGUCGUUGCAGGCUUCAAGACGUUGACGGCAUACCAUGCUGGCGAUGGUGUUUGGGUCGAGCUGGACAUACUGUUGGAUGAGAGCACCUCGCUGCCUUUGGCACAUGAUAUUUCCGAGACGCUGCAGUAUUGCUACGAGAGUCUUCAAGAAGUGGACAGAGCUUUUGUCACGGUGGACUAUUCCACCUUGGGCCCCACGGGACAUAACGAAUGUGAUUGAUCGGUACGCUGUCAUUAGGAAGAUGGCCUGUGGGUUGUGGCAUGUCGUGGAGAUCUCAUUGCCAGUUGCCACAGACUACUUCCGCCGAGCCGAGGCUAUCACCUUCAAUCACAGUGUUCGUGUUGGACGGCUGUGUCUGGAUUUUGCCUCCAUUGAACAACCAACACAGCUUUUGGUC